CAGUCAAAAAAGUCAAAGAAUUUAUAAGAAAAGAAAAAAAGAAAAGAAAAAAGAGAUGAGAGAAAGAAGAAUUUGGGGGCGUGAGUGAGGGGUAAUCCAGUCUAAAAUAAUCUCUCCUCCUCGAAAUUUCUUCCCCAUCAACAAAAUCUCUUUAUUUUGAUUCUUUUUUUUGGUACGAAAUUUACGUACUGAUAUUACUGUAUUUAUUUAUUGGGAUGAUGAUGAUGAUAAUUAAAGAGAAAUUAAUUUAAGUUUCUAGGGUUUGUAAUUACAGUUUUGUAAUUCAGUUACGUGUUUGAUUUUGCUUCUUCUUCUUCUUCUUCUUCUUCUUCUUCUUCUUUUCCUUGAUCUGAUCCUAUCCUGAUUAGAUCAGUAGGAUUUGGUGUGUUUGUUUCUUCUUGUUCUUGGUGUCCCAAUUCUGUGUGUUAUUGGAACUUCACUGCUGUGGUGGUGGUGGUGGUGGUGAUUGUAUGUAAAGAAGAGGAGGAAUUUUUGGUUCUUUGAAGAUGGAUUUAGCAUCCACUUGCAAGGACAAGUUAACAUAUUUUAGGAUUAAAGAGCUUAAAGAUGUGCUGACUAAGUUAGGUGUUGCAAAGCAAGGGAAAAAACAGGACCUUAUUGACAGAAUUUUAGGUUUGAUUGCCGAUGAACAAGUAUCAAAGACGCAUGGUUGGCCAAAGAAACAUUCUAUCGGGAAAGAAGGGAUUAUAAAAAUUAUUGAUGAUACUUACAGAAAAAUGCAGAUUCCUGGGGCCACUGAUUUAGCUUCAAAGGGACAUAGCGAUGUGGAUAUCAACAAUACAAAACUAAAGGAGGAAGGUGAGGAUUCAUUUCAAUUGAACAUGAAGGUUCAGUGCGUGUGUGGAAGUUCCUUGCCCAAUGAGUCAAUGAUCCAGUGUGAGCAUCCAGGAUGUCGUGUGUGGCAACACAUUGGUUGUGUCAUCAUCCCGGAGAAACCAACAGAGGGUGUUCCACCAACUCCACCUCAGUUCUAUUGUCAAAUUUGCCGAAUCAAUCGUGCUGAUCCCUUUUGGGUGACUGUGGCACAGCCAUUACUUCCUGUGAAAUUGACUGUCACUAAUCUUCCAGCAGAUGGAACAAAUCCAGUGCAGACUGUGGAGAAAACAUUUCAGCUAACAAGGGUAGAUAGAGAGUUAGUACAGAAAGGAGAAUAUGAUGUACAGGCUUGGUGUAUGCUUCUCAAUGACAAGGUUACAUUUAGGAUGCAAUGGCCACAAUAUUCAGAUCUCCAGGUUAAUGGUAUGGCAGUUAGGACUAUUAAUAGGCCUGGUCCUCAGCUGUUAGGAGCCAAUGGUCGUGAUGAUGGCCCAGCUAUAACAACUUGCACCAGGGAGGGGAUGAAUAAGAUAUUUCUUUCAGGCUGUGAUGCCCGUGUUUUCUGUUUGGGUGUUAGAAUUGCAAGGAGGCGUACAGUUCAACAAGUUCUAAGAAUGAUUCCUAAGGAAUCAGAAGGCGAGCCUUUUGAUGAUGCACUUGCUCGUGUUUGCCGUUGCAUUGGGGGUGGAAAUGCUGCAGAAAAUGCUGAUAGUGAUAGUGAUUUGGAAGUUGUUGCGGAUUCAGUUACCGUCAAUCUUCGUUGUCCCAUGAGUGGUUCUAGAAUGAAGGUUGCUGGAAGGUUUAAACCUUGUGCUCACAUGGGUUGUUUUGAUCUUCAUGUUUUUGUUGAACUUAACCAGCGGUCUAGGAAGUGGCAGUGCCCCAUUUGCCUUAAAAACUACUCCUUGGAGCAUGUCAUCAUUGACCCGUAUUUCAACCGUAUCGCUACUCUGAUGCGCGAUUGUGGAGAAGAUGUUACUGAGAUUGAUGUAAAUCCUGAUGGUUCGUGGCGUGCAAAGAACGAACAUGAACGGAAGGAUCUUGCUCAAUGGCACUCUCCUAGUGGUUCUCUCCGUGGUCCUGUAGAUGAAGCAGGAAAAUCUGAGCUGGAAAACUCAAAGAUCAAGCAAGAAGUACAUUCUGAAGGACAUAAUGGGUUGAGAAUUGGAAUCAAGAAGAACCCGACUGGGAAAUGGGAACUCAAUAGACCAGAAGGGCAGACUGUAUCUUCCGAAAACCGGUUACUAGUGAAACUGGAAAACCCAAAGGUAAUACCUGGGACUAACAGUGCUACUGGAAGUUGUAGGGAUGGUGAAGAUCCAAGUGUUAAUCAGGAUGGAGGGGGGCAAUUUGAUUUCUCUACUAACAAUGGCAACGACCUCGAUGCUAUUUCUCUCAAUUUCGACCCGACUUGUACAGUUGGGAACAGAAUGCCAUUUGAACCAUUAGGUGGUGUCAUUGUUCUCAGUGAUUCAGAGGAUGAAAAUGAGAAUGUGACUGGAACUGCGUAUGAAUCUCAUUCGGCAAACACCACUGGGAUACCUUAUUCUGCCCCACCUCUUGCAAUGCCCGAUUCAUAUCCAAAUGAUGCUGAACUAGGUACAAGUGGCGGUUGUCUAGGUCUUUUCAACAGUAAUUGUGAUGAUUUUGAGAUUCCCCUCUGGCAGUUGCCGUCUGGUACUCAAGCAGGUCCUGGAUUCCAACUUUUUGGAACAGAAACAAAUGUUUCAGAUUCUUUUGUCGAUGUGCAGCAGACCUCAGUUCCCAAUAUGAAUGGAUUUGCUCUGGGUUCUGACAUGGCCAUGGGAUCUGAAACACAAGCCCUAGAUUCGAAUUAUGAGUUAAAUGGUGGGCUGGUCGACAACCCCUUGGCAUUUGGUAGGGAUGACCCGUCAUUGCAAAUAUUCCUUCCCUCCCAUCCAGCAGACACGUCUGUACGGACAGAUUAUAGAGACCAACCUGAAACACCGAAUGGCACACUUAAUGAUGACUGGAUUUCUCUUCGGCUUGGGGGUGGAGGCGGUGGCAGUGGGAGCGCCGGCAGCAUUGGUCGUAAUGAAUCAAGAACUACAAAUGGUUUGAGUUCAAGACAUCAGGUUGCAUCCAAGGAGGGUGGAAUUGAAAAUUUAGCCAGUACAGCAUCUUUGAAACUAAGCAUGAACAACGACAGAACUGACAAGACUGGUACAAAGAGACAAUUAUCUGAUAGUCUGUUUUCACAUCCUCGCCAACCAAGGUCUGCUAGGCCACGGAUUCUUUCCAUGGAUUCCCCUUCUGAAUAGAGAAAUAAUUGUCUGCAAGUAGGUGAAAACCAGUGAUCCAAUAUGAGUUGGGCUCCAUUACAGGCUAUAAUAAGCUAUAAGUGUAUUGCCGCAUCAUAUGGAUUUAAUGAUUUCUUGUGAUAAACAAGUUCAAUCCUUGGUAUCAUAUUCCACAGUGUUGGAUUUAUUAAGGACAAAGUGAGAGUUUCGGAUGAUCUCAUCGUAAAACAGAGUUCGGCGAUACACUUUGUAAGUUGAGACUUGAGAUGGGGGACAAAGGAAAUUGGAAGUGGAAGUUCAGGGAGCUAUGCUUGGUCACGGUGCAAGGGUUAAGAAUCAUCUGCCAUUCCUGGCGCUGCCGUCCUUCGCUGUUAAUCAAAUCUCCUGCAAACUUGCUGAGAGCAAGGUUUAUAAGAUUGGCAUGUAAGGAAGCUGAGGGGCCGACUAUUCUAGCUGAUGAUGCCUUCAUCAAUUUCAAAAUUUCGUCAAUGCAGCUUCUUAUUCUAAAUUGUUGUGAAGCACAUUGUUGUGGUUAGUAGAUCAGGGUGAUGAAUUGGUAGUAAGUGCGGAUGACACACUUUGGGCCUGGGUGGUGGUAUUUUUAUGAGGAAUUUGAAGAGUUCUGAAUAAAAUGGACUGAGACUGUAUCAAACUGUUGAUUUUAGCAGAUUUGGUGCGAGGUGGAAGAAGCAAUGGCAGGAAAAAGGGGGAGGAAGCAAAUUAUUUUUGUUUGGGAGAGUGGGUGCGCUUUAGGUUGUCUGCAAGAGGAGAUUCUAGAGGAGGGUCUUCAGUAAAGUCAUUGAUUUUUUUUUUGUGUAACAUUAUGGGUUUUCAUGUCUCGUCCUGACAACCAUAGGAAUAGUUUGUAAAUUCUUUUUUCUUCUUUUCGUCACCCCAUUUUUCUCCUUACAACCGAGUGCUAAAUAUACUAACAACAGCCAACAGCGAAGGUAAAAAAAGUUCACAUGGAAAUCUGACAUUCUUGAGUGACUCUAAGAGUCGGAUAUUGUUAAUAAAACUAAAUUCUUAUGA